GCCGCCGCGCACCAACAAACGCGAAGCGUUCGCGACUGCGGGCCGGCGUGCGCAGUUGGUGCUGCUGCUGCUGCUGGUGGUGGCGGCUCUGUGCUUGGUGGCUCUGCGCUUGGUGGCUUUGCUCUUGCUGUUGUCGCCGCCGCUGCUGCCGUUGCUGCCUGCUGCUGUUACCGCGACUACUACGAGUGGCCCGCUUCUGCAGCAGUGCGGCCAGGCUGAGCUCGACAGCGAGACGGAGUUAUUGUAGCAGAGAGACAGAGAGGAGAACAGAGGAGUGAGACGAGCGAGAGAGCGCGCGGAGCAGAGCCACCAACUUCCACCGCGGCGCCUCCAACGAUGUCUGCGAUGCAGGCCCGCUACCCGGUGUCGAACGCGAAUGCGCUGGGAGUGAUGUCUCCUUACUUGAGCGAGCAGAACUUCUACCGCUCGGCGGGCGGCUACGGCGGCCUGCCCGCGGCUCCGGUCGGGAUGUACUCGGCGGCCAACGCGGACCCUUACUCGGCGGGGCUGUCCCGCCACUACGGGCCCUACUCGCACCCGCACCAAGCGCCCAAGGACCUGGUGAAGCCUCCCUACAGCUACAUCGCUCUCAUCACCAUGGCCAUCCAGAGCGCGCCCGACAAGAAAGUGACCCUCAACGGCAUCUACCAGUUCAUCAUGGACAAGUUCCCGUUCUACCGCGAGAACAAGCAGGGCUGGCAGAACUCGAUCCGGCACAACCUCAGCCUCAACGAAUGCUUCGUGAAGGUUCCCCGCGACGACAAGAAGCCCGGCAAGGGGAGCUACUGGUCGCUGGACCCGGACUCGUACAACAUGUUCGAGAACGGCAGCUUCCUGCGGCGGAGGAGGCGCUUCAAGAAGAAGGACGUGCAUCGCGACAAGGACAUGCAGCAGCAGCAGGGCGGCAAGGAGCACGGUGAAGAGUCCACCAAGAAAGAGCACGGCACCCAGCAGCAGCAGCAUCAGCAGCUGCUGUGCUCCGAGGGCAGCGGCAGCGAGGGCAGUCGCGCGCUCAGCCCUCCUCCUCCUCCUCACUCGCGCGGCUCCCCCGCAGCCAUCCUCGUGGUGCCCAAGAUCGAGAGCCCCGACAGCAGCAACGUGGCGCAGGACAGCCCGCGCAGCGUCGCCUCCAACCGCUCGGGAUCCAUGGAGAGCGGCCUCACCGAGUCGUCGGCGCACGGAGUCGGGGGAGGCUCGGGGGGAGCAGGCGGUGGUGGUGGAGGGGGGGUGGUUGGCGGCUUCGGCGUGGUGGACAGCCCGCCCAGCACGGCCAUGCUGCGGGCGGCCGGCCUGCACGGCAUCAACGGCGGGGAGCUGGGCCACGCUCUCGUGUCUCCUCCCAGGCCGCUCAUGCUGCCGCUCAUGUCUCUGCACUACGCGCAGCCCCAGCAGGCGUCCGUGUACAGCCCGUGCGGACAGGGCGCCGAGGCAGGCGGCGGAGCGGGAGUAGUAGGGGGAGGAGGGCAGCCCUACCACUGCAGCCUGCAGACCAUGAGCCUGCAAUACGCCGCUGGGGAGCGGGCCGAGCAGGGGCCCUCCUCGGCGUCCGUGUCGCUGCACGAGGACACGUCGCCGUCGCCCGACCACGCCAUCACGUCCACUGUGCCGCACCUGGGCGCGCUCAACCUCAGCUCCAGCCAGCAUCACCAGCAGCAGCAUCAACAGCAGCAGCAGCAUCAUCAUCAGCAGCAGCACCAGCAGCACCACCAGGAUGGCAUCCUGAGCGCGCUCCAGGCGUCUCAUCACGGCGCCCAAGACCAAGGCGGCGUCGCGCGGCUCCCGUCCUGGUACAUGGGACAAGAUUCUGGCCACGGUGCCAGCGGUGCUGGUAGUUUCGUCACUCAGCAGCAGCAGCAGCAGCAUUUCGGCACGCGUGACAUUUUCGACCCGCCGCCACGGCUGGGCCUCAUGGAGGGUCUGGCUGCGAGCGCCGCCGCGGCGCAGGUGAGCGCGUCCAGCAGCUGUCAGAUGUCCUUCCGAUCGGCCACUCUGUACCGCUCGGGCACGUACCCCGCCGCCUACGACUGCAACUCUUGGGGCAAGGAAUGUGAGCGAGAGCUUAUUAAGACCGACACGGCGUACAAGGCGGUGGAUGACCAACACCACGCCCGGCCGCCUUUGUCUCACCAAGUGCUGAUGGUUGCACACCGCACAAGACGGUGAAUGCACUUACGGAUUAACUACACCCGGGACUUGAGAGCACGUGCCACUGCUAUCGCCCCGUCGCCUCUAAUGGAUUCACACCUGCGAACUGUUCACAAUGCACACACGGUGAUCCACCCAUGCAUAUCUCACUAAAAUAAUCGUGAGAAAUUAGAGAAAAACUACAUUUUAGUUGAAAGUCUCAAAAUGUAUUUCACCAAUCUUCAUCGGAAUAUUACGUCUGUUAACUCGCGUCUCUGUGAUAUAUACUAUCGAGCUAUCGCUGCUCACAAUAUUCUAUCGGCUCUUGGGAAGAAAUAGGCUAAUUAGAAAUCACUUUUAACGUGAGCCUAUAUUAUAUAUGAAUCAAACCAUCAAAUUUCACGGGUGUUAAAGUAAUCAACAGAGCCCACGCAUUAAUUGUUCAUCUCAUAAGAGUGUCUCAUCACAUCAACGCAAUUGCUGAAUUAUGUUACAUAUAAUCUAUUAAUUGGGUGGCACAUUACGAUGGUAAGAUUCAAAAUAAAUCAAGUACCAUAAUACCCCGGUUUACAUCGGGGAUGCGUUCCCGAUAGGUGCGACGACGAAUAUCGAAACGACGCCAAUCGAAGCGAUGUACAGGGUAGGUGGAGGCGCAGCCUGAGGUGACGGAUAACGAGAAAGGACGGAUGAUGCAGUCAGCGACGUAAGUGUGGGGUUAAGGCGACGCAAAUCGGGUAGCGGUGUUAAUAAGGUGACGACGUAAAGGGGGGGGGGAGGGGGGGGGUGGAGACGUAAAUCGAGGUAUUACUGAACUCCGACUUGGUUUCAGCCGGUGGGGCCUCAUUGAGCUACUUUCCUUCCCCCGCACCUCCAUACACACGGUUGGCUACGUACCGUGCGAAAGAAGUUCAACACACAUACACACAUACACACAUAUAUACACACACAUACACACACAUGCAUACGUACACAUAUAUACACACAUACAUACACACACACAUACACACAUACAUACUAAGUAAGCUCUGUUACGAGCGUUGGCAGUAGUGGGAAAAUCGCAAGACAUUGCACGGCAGGUGGAAUGUGCGAAUUACAAAAGCAACAGCAAGAACAACAAAUCAUUGAGAGGAACUCUACGCCAGGAAGCAUUGCAAAUAGGAUGUACAUUGAGUUCGUGUGUCGUUUUCUUCCUUGCAAACGCGAGACGCGCCACGUGCAAUGAAUCCCACACGCCACGUGGUGCCCAAAGCGAACGCCACAGAUGCAGACAACGGCGGUGCCACUUCACCGAUGACGACUCCACGACACCUGUAGCAAUAUCGCAAGCGCCUGUCGCGUUUAACCACUCCGUUCCCUUUACAUCGAUCGGUGUUCUCCUAUCAGCUGGGGAUUCACCGCUUGCUAAAUGAGAGUGUAAAUAGGUUUAAUCAAUGGUUAAGUCAUGCCUUGUAUGUUGCUGUUGUUAUAUAGAUUUAACAUUUCACAUUUGUCUCUUCAUUUGCUGGUGGGUGGCUUUGUUGAUGAAAUACACAAAUACACGGCAACGGUGUGACGCCACGUGUUGUAUUUAUAGUCGAUUCAUCUGUCGAUAUUGUUUUGCAACUAUUGCACCAUUUUUAUUUUGCUCAGUGUUUGUAUUUGCUAUUGGAAAACACACUUGUACUAUUUGAUUAAAGCAACAGUGUAAUCGCAACGAGCUCUAACCUGGUUAUAAAUAUUGUUGUUGUUAUAAUAAAUAAGUAAUUGCUCUUGUU